AUGUCUGUAGACCCCGAGACGAAACAAUCUGCUUAUCACACCGGCGCCUUUCAUGCCGCAGGCGCCGCGAUGAUGAGCUUCCAACCUGUGAAUGCCAUUCACCAACAUCUCUGCGCUUUCCACGCCUACAGCCAUGACCGUACUCGACAUGUCGAGGCACAUCACUUCUGUAAACAUCAGUCGGCGGACUUCCACCAAUGCGUUAUCUAUGACUCGGAUAAGCCCGACGCGAGGUUGGUUGGAAUCGAGUAUAUUGUUUCGGAGAAGAUCUUCGUUGGCCUGCCACAGGAAGAGAAGAGAUAUUGGCACUCGCACAAGUAUGAAGUCGAGAGCGGUAUGCUUCAGCUUCAACUCAAAGGUGCUAUACCAAGCAUCGCAUCCGAUGCAGCCGAACAACCCGCCAUGUUGGAGCUACAGAAGACGUACGGAAAGACCAUUCACACCUGGCAGUUCGACGUUCAUCCCGAUCUCCCCCUUGGACCGCCCGCGCUUAUGAUGAGCUACACAUCCGAUGACCAGGUUCCAUACGACCUUGUUCGUGAGCGCGAUGAGCGCUACGGCGUCAAUACCGAAGAGAAAAGGAAACUCAGGAAAGGCUACCUGCCAGAAUACGAGACUGUGAAGGGUGCAGAUGAAUGGGAGACAGAAAAGAAGGCUAUCAUGUUACAGGCUGUGGACGUGAGUGUGAAGAUGUGUUGA